GAAAGAGAAAGAACAACUAUUACGUAAAGAAAGAGAAAGAACAACUAUUACGUAGAGAUGACAGAUCAUGUGCAAGAGCAAGAGAUGGAAAUUGAAGCCCUAAAGGCCAUCCUAAUGGAUGAGUUUGAAGAAAUUCACCCUAGUGAAAGUAGAUUAAACACUUCAAAUCGAUGUUUUCUAAUUAAGUUAUCUCUUCAGGAUGACGAGACAGAUGAAUCUUCAACAAGUCCAGUUCAAUUGGGGUUAAUUUUUUCACACACUGAGAAAUAUCCAGAUGAAAUUCCACUUUUGAAUUUGAAAAGUAUUAAAGGAAUCCCCUCAUCAGAUCUCAAAUUUUUAAAAGAAAAGCUUGAACAGGAGGCAUUAGAUAAUCUUGGAAUGGCUAUGAUUUACACUCUAGUUACAUCUGCUAAAGAGUGGUUUACUGAAAGAUUUGAUAAAGACACUGAUAAUGACAACAUCGAAGAGGAAACAACAAAUAAGGAUGAAAUAAUUGUGCCACGUGGAGAACCUGUUACUGUUGAAACAUUUUUGGCAUGGAGAGAAAAAUUUGAAGCAGAGGUAGCCCUUGAGAGAGCCAAAGUGUUGACAGAAUCAACCCUUGCAACAACCAAAGAAAAGAAACUUACUGGAAGACAGUGGUUCCAAAGUGGAAGAGCUUCUUCAAGACAUCAUGCAAUACCAAUCAUGGAAGGAUCUAAUGAUGAAGACGAUGAUGAUGAUUUUGAUGAUGAUUCUGAAGAUGAUGAGGACAUGCUGGAUCAUUAUCUAGGUGAGAAAUUCGAUUCAUCUAAUAAUUAA